AUGGGGACACUUGUGACCUCAGCUAAGGGUGUGAUGAUUGAAUUUAAGGGUGAAUUUGAAGAAUUAGUGGUAAACCUUUUGUAUUUGUGCGUGUGGAUAGCUGCUAUUUUCAUCUCUUUGAUUUUUGGGAUGAGUAGGAAUGAUGCCCAGAAACAAGGGCACCUUCUUGGAGGUGUUACCACUGGUAGUGGUGGCAAAACCAAUAGCAAUGGCUUCAUCCCCAGCUCCUUUCGUACUCUCUCUGGUUACCUGAAGAGUGUUUCAUCAGGUGCUUCUACAGUUGCUCGGUCAGCUGCUGCCUCAUUUGCAUCAUCCAUUUUGGAUAAGCAUGGUGAUCCUGACCGUGAUCAGGCCAGCAGGAGUUCAAUUAUUGGGGUAUAUGGCCUCUGGCUUCUUGAUCUGAUUUUUGUUAUUUGGGCUGGGUUUGACAUACUAGAGGGCCAGGGAGGAGUCGUUCUGCAAGUACUUCUUCUAGGCUAUUGGUCUGGCUUCCAGGUUUGGAAUGUUGAUGAUUCAAAUAAUGUCUGUGACCUAGUUUCCAGACAUGAUGGUCCUGUAUCUUUUAUGCAAAUGGUACCAAGUCCAAUUGUAUCAAACAGACUGGUGGACAAGUUUGCAGACAAGCGUCCAUUGUUGGCAGUAUGUAUGGAUGAUUUAUUGGCCGGACGAGGCAAAAUAGAAGAUGAGUUGGUUGCCACUUGCAAUGGGAGCACUUUAAACCAUCAUGACCAAGUGAAUGGAAACUAUCUGUCAACUACUGUUCAUUUUUAUUCUAUGAGGUCCCAAUCAUAUGUUCAUGCACUAAAGUUUAGAUCAGCUGUUUAUUCUGUUAGAUGUAGUUCUCGAGUAGUUGCUGUUUCUCUAGCCACUCAGAUACACUGUUUUUCUCCCACAACUUUAGUAAGGGAGUAUAUUUUACUUACCAAUCCUGUAGUCAUGAGCUGUCCUGGUUCUGGAGGCAUUGGCUUUGGACCACUUGCAGUGGGUCCUAGAUGGCUGGCCUAUAGUGGAAGUCCUUCUGUAAUUGCCACUUCUGGGCGCGUCAGCCCACAGCAUUUGACACCUUCUGCAAGCUUUCCUAGUUUUUCUUCAAAUGGGAGCUUGUUUGCACACUAUGCCAAACAGUCUAGCAAGCAUCUUGCUUCUGGGAUUGUGACCCUUGGGGAUAUGGGGUAUAAGAAACUUUCCAGUUACUGCUCAGAACUUCUCCCAGAUAAUAAUGGUUCUAUACAAUGUGUAAAUUCUAGCCCAAAAGGAAAUGGAAUCAUUCAUGGCCAUUCAACAGAUGUGGAAAACAUUGGGAUGGUCAUUGUAAGAGAUAUAGUCAGUAAAAAUGUCAUUGCCCAGUUCCGGGCCCACAAGAGUCCUAUUUCAGCUUUAUGCUUUGAUCCUAGUGGUACCAUCUUAGUGACUGCUUCUGUUCAGGGGCAUAACAUUAAUGUUUUUAAGAUAAUGCCGGGAUAUAAGAGAGUGUCAGCAUCUGAUGCUGGCCCUUCUUAUGUUCAUCUCUACAGGCUGCAACGUGGCUUGACAAAUGCAGUUAUUCAAGAUAUCAGUUUUAGUGUUGAUAGCCGGUGGAUUAUGAUUAGUUCCUCAAGGGGCACUAGUCAUCUGUUUGCUAUAAAUCCUCAAGGAGGGCCUGUAAAUAUUCUGUCCUGUGACAAUAGUUCAACAGAAAAAGAUGGCGGAUUGAAGGUCAUGACUGAUCAAGCUGUUCAAUGGCCUCAUAGUUCAGCUUUAGAAAUUUGUAAACAGCAGAGUCUCUGCGCUGCUGGUUCUCCUAUCACACUUUCUGUUGUAAGCAGAAUUAGGAAUGGAUCUAAUGGCUGGAGAAGCUCGGUAACUGGUGCUGCUGCAGCUGCAGCUGCAACCACUAGGAUGAGUUCCAUUUCUGGGGCUAUUGCUUCCACGUUCCAUAACAUGGAAGGCAGAAGUACCUUGUAUGUUAAUGGGAACUAUUCCAAGGAAAAGUAUCAUCUUUUGGUCUUUUCAUCCACAUGUUCCAUGAUACAAUAUGCUCUGCGGACCAAUAACUGUGAAGAUUCAGGUGUUGCUUCUGGAUUAAUGCCUGGGUAUGAGUCUGCCCCGAUGACUGAUGCAAGAGUGGUUAUUGAGCCUAUCAAGAAGUGGAAUAUAAGUCGGAGACAUAGUUGCAGAGAAGAAGAAGAAAAUAUCGACAUUUACGGAGAGAAUGAAGUUUCAGACAUCAAUAGAGUAUAUACGGAGGAAGUAAAGGAUAAUAUCAUCAGCCCUAAAAUGAAGAAUGUAUCUGUGAAACUGAAUUUCUGUUCUGAGAAAGAGCAUCAUUUGUUUAUUUCAGAAGCUGAACUACAAAUGCAUGAAGGUAAGGCACCAUUGUGGGCAAAGUAUGAGAUAUAUUUUCAUUCAGUGGCUAAAGAGGCUACUUCGAUGAUGGAUGGGGAAACUGCUUCUGGAGGGGAAUUUGAGAUUGAAAAAAUUCCAACUCGUGUGAUAGAAGCUAGGUAUAAAGACUUGGUUCCAAAUUUUGACUGUAUUCAGACUUCAAAAUUUCAACAUACAAGGACUCCCGCUGUGGAUAAGUUUAAUGAACAAUAUUUGCAUCAAAAUUCCAAGUUGUUUGAAAAGGGAAGGAUUUCACCCAGGAGUCUUUCGGGAUCUCCUUGUUGUAUGACUAAUUCUGGUGGAAAUAUUGCUGAAUUUAAAAGUGGGAUUGAAGGAAAUGAGUGGGGUGAUGGUUUUAUUCCACCAGAAACAGAGGGUCUUUCUUUGAUUAAAGAACUAAAACUACUGGUUGAAGAGGAGGGACUCCAAGCAGUGUUGGUGUUUCCGCUUUUUGGUGUUGCCUUGCUUUGUUGUGUUUUGGACAAAAUGUUGCUGCAGAUAUCACCAAGUUUGAGGCAUGUUACCGUGCUUCCGGGAAAGGGGUUGAAGGAAUUUAUCAAAGUGACGGUUGCAUCAAGGAGGCUUUCUUAUCGGAUGCUCUUCUAUUCACUCUUGUUCUUCACAUUCCUUCUUAGGUUUGUGUUUGUUUUGACAGCAGUGGAUAACAUUGAUGGAGAAAACAAAUGCUCUUCCAUAGGUUGCCUGGGAAAAAAACUGAGGCCAAAGAUUUUGGGAAGAAGUCUUGAAUCAAAUGUCCCAGAAGUAAUAUCCGGAAUAUUAGAUCAACCCCUUGGCAAAGAUGAAUUAGAGGGAAGGACUGAUAUCCCACAGACUUUAGAAGAGUUCAUGAUCCAAAUGAAGGAAGGAGGAUAUGAUGCUAAGACAUUUGCAAUUAAACUAAGAGAAAUGGUAACCCUUAUGGAACAAAGGACCAGAGAAGCCAAAGUCCAAGAGUAUUUAUAUCGUCAUGUUGCAUCAAGCAGCAUACCAAAACAGCUUCACUGUCUUGGCUUGAAGCUGGCCAAUGAGCACACCAACAAUGCAGCUGCACGUCUUCAGCUACCCUCUGCAGAACUUGUCCCUGCUCUGGUUGACAACAACUACUUUCACUUUGUUCUGGCCUCAGACAACGUGCUCGCUGCCUCUGUGGUUGCAACAUCACUCGUUCGCAACAGUUUGCGACCUCAGAAGGUUGUUCUGCACAUAAUUACAGAUAGAAAGACUUACUAUCCCAUGCAGGCUUGGUUCUCCUUGCACCCUUUAUCACCUGCCAUAAUUGAGGUCAAGGCAUUGCACCACUUUGAUUGGUUUACAAAGGGAAAGGUGCCUGUGCUGGAAGCAAUGGAAAAAGAUCAAACUGUGAGAUCACAGUUUAGAGGCGGGUCAUCGGCUAUUGUUACAAAUCCUACCGAGAAGCCAAAAGUAAUUGCAGCAAAGUUGCAAACACUUAGUCCUAAGUACAAUUCAGUAAUGAAUCACAUUCGGAUACAUCUUCCAGAGUUGUUCUCAAGUCUUAACAAGGUGGUCUUCCUUGAUGAUGACAUUGUGGUACAAACUGAUCUUUCACCUCUGUGGGACAUUGAUAUGAAUGGAAAAGUCAAUGGAGCAGUAGAAACAUGCAGUGGAGAAGAUAAGUAUGUGAUGUCAAAGAGGUUGAAAAGCUAUUUGAACUUCUCCCACCCUCUAAUAUCCCAAAAUUUUGAUCCCAAUGAAUGUGCUUGGGCUUAUGGAAUGAACAUUUUCGACCUUGAUGCUUGGAGGAAGACCAAUAUAAGCUCUACAUACCAUUACUGGGUUGAGCAGAAUAUAAAAUCAGACCUUAGUUUGUGGCAGCUAGGGACAUUACCGCCUGGAUUAAUAGCAUUCCAUGGUCAUGUCCACACUAUUGAUCCUUUCUGGCACAUGCUGGGAUUGGGAUAUCAGGAAAGUACAAGUUUUGCUGACGCUGAGAGUGCUGGUGUCAUCCAUUUCAAUGGCAGGGCAAAGCCAUGGCUAGAUAUAGCUUUUCCCCAUCUAAGGCCAUUGUGGACCAAGUACAUUGACUUUGCAGAUUACUUCAUAAAGAGCUGUCAUAUUAAGGCAUUGUAA